AUGACAGGCCGCUCCACAGCCACAGCGGACCUCUCCACCACUGUGGCUUGCCUUUCUACUAUUGCGGCAGGAAGUAUGCUUGUUGGUAGAACUGCCGAGGACUGUUCUGUAUUGAGGGCAAAGGUGGAGAAGCUCGUGGAGGCUGGGUUGGGUGCACAGUUCUUGUCACGGGAUGAGCUGCGGGUGGAAGAACCUGCUCUCGAGCUCGGGGAGGAAGGUGGCGCUGCUUUCAUGCCCGACGACUGCCAAUUGGAUGCUCGUCGUGCUGUGACAUUUCUCGAGAAGACUAACAGGUCUUUUGCAGCAGAAGGGAGAUAUGCUGAGUUCUAUCAUGAGCCAGUAACCAGCUUUAUAAGAUCUGAGAGCACUGGAGGAAUUGAGGCAGUUCAAACUUCCAACAGGACAUUGAGUGUUAAGAAAGCUGUUGUCAUUGCAGCAGGCUGCUGGAGUGGUUCAGUGGUGGACAACUUAAUAAGAGAUGCUGGUAUUAAGAUAGAUGUCCCAGUUAAGCCUAGAAAGGGUCAUCUGCUCAUUCUAGAGAACUUCAAACCUUUUAACCUUAAUCACGGGCUUAUGGAGGCGGCUUACGUCAGUCAUGAAUCUGCAAAACUGAGCUCCACCAGUACAGAUUCAAAAACUGGAUUUGAUGCAACUAUCGCGUCUAUUUCAAUGACGGCUACCACGGACUUGUCGGGAAAGCUCGUGUUUGGGAGCAGCCGUGAGAUUGUCGGUUUCGACACCAAAAUAGACGAGUCUAUCGUAGAACGGAUCUGGACACGGGCAAGCGAAUUCUUUCCCGUGCUGAAAAAAUCAUCCCUAAGAGAUAUGACCGACAGAAGGGAAGUGAGAGUAGGCCUGAGACCCUACAUGCCUGGUGGGAAACCACUGAUUGCACCUCGACGGGGUGCGCGAACGGAGAUUGUACGGACAACAACGAUGGUCCGGGACCGUACACGCGUGAACACGGGACCUUGGUACAAUGAUGCGACGCGAACCAGAACUAACGGUGAACGGCGAGUGUACGCGGAACAGCAGCGGGAGGACCUUCGCGUGGGGCUCGCGACAUCAAAGCUUCGAUGA